AUGAGGCGGCCCGGACGUCGAAGAGAACUCUUGGACCAUGAGGCGGACCAGGCGUCGAAGAGAACCCCCGGACAGGAACUACACAUUAGAUUAUGUUUCAGGUCUUUGAAGCAGGAGACACUGGCCCUACCACACCACACACGUGUAUCAGCCACACAGAGGCGAGCGAUAUCCGACACCACAUAUCUACGUCUGGUGGAAGCACUGUGUUCAGAUGACGACGGACUCAUCAGGAAAAGCUGUUUACAAAAUGUAUCAAAAGGAACCUUUAUAGACGAUAUCUUUUCAAGAUUAUUUGACCAAGGAUACGGUGGGAAAAACAACAGAGGUGGAAGGCGUGAUGUUGAGGAUAUCGGCCGAGCGGAAACGCUCUCCAUGAAGCGGGGACGUGAGAGGACGUCAGGUUUCUAUAGCAACUGGUGA